AUGGCCAUCAACGUCGACUUCACCCAAGGCGGCGUGAACUCGUUCAACGCCUACGGCGGCACGCCCACCUACUCGAGAAACGACGGCGUCUCCUUCACCGUGGCCAAAUCCGGCGAUAGCCCCCAGCUAUCCUCCAUCUUCUACAUCAUGUUCGGGCGCGUGGAAAUCACCAUGAAGGCGGCUCCCGGCGCGGGCAUCGUUUCCUCGGUUGUCCUGCAAUCCGACACGCUGGACGAGAUUGACUUCGAGUGGCUGGGCGCCGACAACACGUACGUGCAAACCAACUUCUUCUCGCAAGGAAAGACGGCCACGUACGACAGGGGGCAGUUCAACCCGGCGCCCAACUCGCAGGGGCAGUUCAUCAAGUACACGAUCGACUGGACGUCGGAAAGGAUCGCAUGGUAUGUGGGCGGCACGCUGGUGCGGUCGCUGACGGUCAACGACGCCGGCGGACAGUACCCGCAGUCGCCCAUGCAGGUCAAGUUCGGCGCGUGGUCGGGCGGCGACAGCGGAAACCCGCCCGGGACGAUCCAGUGGGCUAGGGGUCCCACCGAUUACAGUAAGGGCCCGUUCUCCAUGGUGGUCAAGAGCAUCAUGGUCGCCGAUUACUCGACGGGCAAGUCAUACCGGUACGGUGACACGAGCGGCACGUGGCAGAGCAUCAUCGCCGAAGGCGGUAAGGUGAACGGGAACUUGGGCAAGUCCGGCACGGUCACGGUGACGGCUAGCGCACCGGCGGCGUCGAAUACCGGAUCUGCGUCGGUUCCUGUCGGUGGGAUUGGUGCGGUCAGCGGCGACGCAUCUGGAAGUGGAAGCGGCAGUACUGGCGGCACGACGACCACCCACGGUGUUCCCGAUGGCUGGGUUAUGAAGCCAGAUGGGAAGAUCGUGCCUGUUGGCGCGGCGAAUGCCAUGAUGAGGCCGCCCCAGGGACUGCUGGUUGCUACGUCGCUUGUGACAGUGGCUCUUGCUGCUUUUGUUGGGUGCUUGGCUUGA